AAAAAAAAAACAGGAGUACCCACUCAUCUGCAUUCAGCCCACGGAUGAGGCGCUAUUUAAACGGCUCGGGUCUCACACCGGAGCACAUCUUGAAACCAUGAAGACUGACAGCAACGCAUGCCAGGUGGCAUCCAUCGGUGGCCGAAGGCAAAGUUUGAUCGAGGAUGCCCGGCGGGAGCGCAGUGCUGGAGGUCAGCCAGGGACCUCACGGGGGGUGGACGGGCAAGUUUUUGAGGAGAAGGAGGGCCGAGUGACCCUAAACAUGCUGUUCAACCUCAGCAACGAUAAGAAUGCGGGGUUCUUCAAGACAGGCAAAAUAUUUGAGACUUUCGACGCCAAGCUCCUCCAUGUUGAGAGCCGGCCGUGCAAAAGGUCCAAGAACAGCACGUCCGACUUGGAAUUCUUCGUCAAGUGCGAGGUGCACAGCUCCGACCUCGAGGUCUUUGUCAACUCACUCAAGAGAGUCGUGGAUAACGUUAGGUCCAUCCCAGAGGAAAAAGUCCCCUGGUUUCCUCGACAGAUCAAGGAGCUGGACAGAUGCAACUUGCUGAUCACCAAAUUUGAUCCGGAGAUGGACAAGGACCAUCCAGGCUACACAGACCCAGAAUAUAGAAAGCGCAGAGCCUUCAUUUCAGAGCUGGCCUACAGAUACAAACAGGGUGACCCGCUGCCCGAGGUGGAGUACACGGCAGAAGAAACAUCCACAUGGAGGGAGGUAUACAAGAAGCUGCGGAGCAUUUACCCCAAUCUGGCGUGCAGACAGUUCCUGGAUGGCCUGCAGAAGCUGGAAAGCGAAUGCGGCUAUGGCGAGGGGCGCAUCCCUCAGCUCAGAGACAUUUCUGCCUUCCUCAAAGAAAAAACUGGAUUCCAGCUGCGUCCGGUUGCCGGCCUGCUGUCCGCCAGGGACUUCCUCGCCAGUUUGGCUUUCCGCGUGUUUCAGUGCACGCAGUAUAUCCGCCACGCGUCGGCGCCCAUGCACUCUCCCGAGCCGGAUUGCUGCCACGAGCUGCUCGGUCACAUCCCCAUGCUGGCAGACAAAGAGUUCGCCCAGUUUUCCCAGGAGAUUGGAUUGGCCUCGCUCGGAGCAUCACAAGAAGACAUUGAGAAAUUAUCUACGCUGUACUGGUUCACUGUGGAGUUUGGCCUUUGCAAACAGAAUGGGACAGUGAAAGCUUACGGUGCAGGACUUCUCUCAUCCUAUGGAGAACUCGUGUACGCCCUGUCCAACGAACCCGAGUACAAGGCCUUCGAUCCCGAGGAGACCGCCGUGCAGCCCUACCAGGACCAAAGUUACCAGCCAGUUUACUAUGUUUCGGAAAGCUUCGAGGAUGCCAAGAUGAAAUUGCGGAAGUACUCUACAACCAUUCAGCGACCAUUCGCCGUGCGCUAUGAGCCCAUCACCUGCAGCGUGGACGUUCUGGAUGAACCCAGCAAGAUCCAAACUGUCCUGUGCGAGACACGAGACCACCUGAAGAUACUGCAGGGUGCCUUGGAGAAGCUCGGCUCCUUCUAAGAACACGGGCAGAUACAUUUAC